UGUUUUUAUUUUCAUAUCUACGGAAUAGUCCGCAUAGGGCUUUCGUAAUCAAUUACAUACGUAGUUUUCUGGAUAGCAAUCGAGGUUAUAAAAGAGAGAGGAGAGACGACUGAACAGAAUAAUAAGUUAUCGAAGGUGUUCUUGUGUGAGCAUGACAACAUAUACAGACAAGGGAGAAAAACCUGAAGGAGGAAAAUUCUUACGUUUUGACCACAUCAAAUUCUACGUAGGAAACGCAAAACAGGCGGCAAGUUAUUAUGUGUCGAGACUAGGUUUUGAAUAUGCUGGAUACCGAGGAUUGGAAACUGGGGAAAGAGAAUAUGCAAAUCAUGCUGUUAGGCAGAACGAUAUUAUAUUCGUGUUUCAAUCGGCUUACAGUCCAAACGAGGAAGAAGUAAAUCAACAUGUUGCUAAACAUGGGGAUGGAGUGAAAGACGUAGCUUUCGCAGUGGAUGAUUUGGAUAGUAUUGUUCUGAGAGCUAAGCAAAGAGGUGCUACAAUAGUAAAAGAUAUUUGGCAGGAAGCUGACCUCAAUGGUAUUGUACGAUUUGCAACAGUCCAAACGUAUGGCGACACAACCCACACAUUUGUCGAUAGAAGUCUAUAUAGGGGUCACUUUUUACCGGGAUAUGUAGCUUCUCCUACUGAUUUGAUGACAAAGGCCUUGCCCCCAGCCAACCUAGACUUUAUUGACCACGUUGUGGGAAACCAGCCAGAAGACUCCAUGGAAUCGGCUGCCAAAUGGUACGAAGAAGUCCUUCAGUUUCAUCGGUUUUGGUCAGUUGAUGAUACUCAACUACACACCGAGUACUCAGCAUUGAGGUCCAUAGUUAUGAGUAAUUGGGAAGAGAACAUUAAGCUUCCAAUCAAUGAACCAGCUCCUGGUAAGAAAAAGAGUCAAAUUGAGGAAUACGUCGAUUAUUAUGGCGGAGCUGGAGUACAACAUAUCGCUUUGAAUACCCAAGAUAUAAUCACUUCAGUGAAAAAUUUAAAAGCAAGAGGAAUUGAGUUUUUAGAUAUUCCAGAUGAAUAUUAUAAUAUUCUUAGAAAAAGAUUAAGCACCAGUGGUGUGCAAAUUUUAGAAGACUUGAAAAUAUUACAGGAGUUAAAAAUUUUAAUUGACUAUGAUGAAGAUGGAUAUUUACUUCAGAUAUUCACAAAAAAUCUUCAAGACAGGCCAACCCUGUUCAUCGAAGUUAUCCAGAGAAGAAACCACAAUGGUUUUGGAGCAGGCAACUUUAAGGCACUUUUCACAGCUAUAGAAAUUGAGCAAGCUAAGCGUGGUAAUUUAUAAACUUAUACAUUUUUUUUAUACUGUAAAUAUUAUUGUGAUUAUUUUUAUAUACAUAACCAACUCAAUAAAGUAUGUUUUGUUCUAUAUUGCA